UGAGUACUGUAAUUUGUUUCAUCUUCUGUUUCAUAAUUCAAUAACUGUGCCAACAAGACGUGGAAAUUCACGAUAGCGGGUUUACCGUAUACAUAUAGUGUACAAUAUACAAAGUGCCAAGUGGAUACAGCAGCAGUAGCAUAUUUGUAGUGCUCUUGGAAAGUAACGGGAACCAACGGCAACGGAACGGAACGGCUAUGACAUAGAUAAUAAUUGAAGCAAGAUGGAUUAUACGGUGCAGUUCAAGUACUACCUGUUUGUCUGCCUGGUGUUGCUUGUUGUGCAGAGUCAUGCAACACGGCUGAUUGCCACCUUUUCCAUGUCUGGGAUCAAGGGAAACAUCACAUUUGAGCAAUCUACAUCCGGGGCUGGAGCAGCAAUAAUCUAUGUUAACCUUGAGGGACUAAUUGGUUUCCGUCAGUAUGACUGGCAUCUUCAUGAGUUUCCUACUGAUUGGGAUGCUAACCAGAAGUGUCUUCAAGGCGAUAUUGGAAACAUGAUGAAAGACAUGGGAGACCUGACAGCAAGACACGGCAAGCUGACGGCGGCGUCGAAGCAGUACACCGACUCUACGAUCCAGCUGUCCGGCCUGUCGACGAUCUACGGCCGCACGCUGCUGCUGACAGCGGGCGGCGGUGUCGAGGCAUGCGCCACCAUCCAGGAUGACGGCCAGACGCAGGUCCGCACAGCGACGGCCAUGUUCCCGACGGCGAUAGCGGGCACCAUGCACUUCCGCCAGAUGGAGGGUGGCACGUUGAUCAUCUACACGGAUCUGUUCUAUGUGAAUGGGCGUACUGACGUGUAUGAAUACAGCUGGGCUGUGAUGAGUGAUCCGGUGGUAGCUGAUCUGACAGACAGGGUGGAGGCGGACCAGCGGUGCACUGAUCUGGGAAGCAGCCUGCACAUGCGCAGUGAUGUCAUCUCUGUAGGUACCACCAGAGGCUCUCAAAAGCGAUUCCUCACGACGAAGGACAUGAGUCUGUUUGGAUCGGUGAGCAUCGCCAACCGCUCACUGGCAUUGUUCGACAACGUCACCACGGUAGCCUGCGCCAACAUCCGCCCCGUGCUGCCCCGCCAUGCCGUCGGCACCUACAGCCACAGCAGCGUCGUCGGUACGGUGACCUUCCACCAGCGGUCGCAGUUUGACCCAACGACGGUGACCUUUGACAUCGAGGGGCUCGCGGCGGAGGCGAGCGAAUCUCACAUCCACGCGUACCCGCACUCGGGCGAGAACGGCCAGGAGGGGGCGUGCUCGCGCGAGCAGACGGGCCCGCACUACAACCCGUUCGACGUCCCCUACAACGAAACCCUGCCGCUCGUCGGCACAAACGACGUCUACGAAGUCGGCGACUUCUACGGAAAGUUCGGCCCGCUGGACGGGCGGCGUGAGUUCCGCGCGACGUUCCGCGACCACAACCUGCCGUUGUUCGGCCCGAACAGCAUCGUCGGGCGAUCCGUCGACGUUCACUACGUCAACGGCAGCCGCUGGGUAUGCGCCAACGUCGGCUACUGCGGCAGCGGCGACGUCGCGACGGCCCGCGCGCGCUUCACUUAUCCGCUCGUCGGCGAGAUCGUGCUGCGGCAGCCGCGCGGUGACCCGCUCGCUCCCACCUCCGUCUACGUCGACCUCGCGUGGUCCACGUCGCUGCUGCUGCCCACCAAGGCACACGCGUGGCGCGUGCAUGCCGGAAGCGUCGGUGACGACUUCGACGCGGCCGACGAGGGGCGCUGCGGCAGCGCCCUCGCGCGCUACAACCCGCGCGGCGUCGCGACGGGAGGCGGGUACGCGGCGGAGUGCAGUGCGACGAGCCCGCUACGCUGCGAGGUCGGCGACCUCGUCGGGAAACACGGCGCCAUCGACGUGCCGCCGCACGGACAGCGAAUCAAGUACCUCUUCACUGACCCGCAGCUGCCGCUCUCCGGCCCGCAGUCUGUCGUGAGCCGCUCGAUCGUGGUGCAUGCCCCGCAGGGGGGCGCCGCACGUCUGGCCUGCGCGGACAUACUGGAGGUUCCGCCCGUCGUCGCUAGCGCCACCUUUUCGCAGCCGGGCACGCCGGUGUCCGGCUCAGUGCAGUUCUCGCAGGAUACGAGCUUCAGUGAUUCGUCGGUUGUGGUGAAUCUCAAUGGCCUAGGUGGAGAGGCAGGUGGCUACCACGUGCAUGUCUACACCCUUGACUACUGGCAGGAAAACCUGUGUAGCGACCCCUCCGUAGCCGGUCACUGGAACCCUUACAACGUUGACAAGAGCAAGAGUCCAGCACCGGGCACUGGCACGGAUGACCAGUACGAGACAGGCGAUCUGAGCGGAAAGUUUGGUUCACUGAAACUCCUUAAGAGGGCAGCACUAAGCUACACGUGUGCAGACAAGAAUCUUCCGAUGCGAGGCCAGAACGGCAUCGUCGGUCGUUCGGUGGUCGUGCACAAGGAGAAGGAAGGAGCGCGGUGGGCAUGCGCCGACGUGGAGGAGGGGCCGUACACAGACGCACGAGACAGCGUGUCUGCCAUUGCCUCCUUCUCGCAGGGCGACGUCAUAGGAUACGUACGAUUCAGACAGAAUAAGCGAUUUGGCACACAGUAUCGUCCAAACGACGCAACCGUUGAGAUAAGUCUACUCUACAAUAAGUCCAUUGCAGUAGAGAGCAAGGCCCAUAACUGGCACGUGCACAUUAGUCCUGUUGCUGGUGACUUGAACUCACAGACGAAUCGAUGUAAAAGCGCUGGACCACACUACAAUCCUUUCCAUGCCAACCUGACAGAUGAGUAUAAGGAGAAGUGUGGACCGUCACAGCCAUGGCUCUGUGAGCUGGGUGACAUGUCAAGCAAGCUUGCUGCGUAUGACAUGGGUGCAGGCAGACGCAUGUACACAGAUGAGACCCUGGAUCUAUUCGGAGAUUUCACAAUCGUUAAUCGAUCGGUCGUCAUACAUGAGGCCAACAAUGGUCCUGCCAGGAUCGCCUGCGCUAACAUCGCCCUGGAAGAACGUGUCGACAAGGCUGUCUUUAUCAGCAGUGAGGUUGACAGACUAGCUUUUGCUCGCAUGCUAGUGACAGAGCUGGAAGUACAUCCAUGGACACUCACCGUCAGACAGGUGCAGAGUGACAGCACCAGGUGCUACCCCGUACUGGUGACCUUCAUGUCUGACGGGACCUCAAGUGCUACUGCUGUCCUCUCUAAGCUGGAAAGCCUGCUGGUGCAGCAUGCGUGUGAUGCAGACAGUAGGGCUGUUACAGGUUCACCUCAUCCCUGGUUCGUGGUUCUUGGAGCUGUACUAACACUGUACUUUGCUGCCAACAUGACACCUAAAUAAAGAUCUGACAACUAUGAAAAAUGACGUGAUACUUUCAUACGGGGUCUGGUGACUAAAUAUAAGAUCUGAUAAUUUAUUACAGAGCCUUGUGAUUGUAAUCAUGGCAUAUGACAUUUAUAUGAAGUAUCUGCUACCUAAAUGCAGCGUAUGGUGAUUAAAUUGGCAACUACAGAUAACAUCAUUGCAUUAUUGUGAUGUAUGUCUGCCACCAGGUGUCUCUGUUAUCCAACAGUAAUAUUGCAUACAGUGGGCUCAAUCAUGAGCAUAUGUGUACAUUGAAUUUACAUAUUAUAGGUUUAUAUAUCAGCUCAGAGCAAUUAUAAUUAAUUUGUUAAAUAGUUCUUAGCUGAUGAAACAGUUCGAACUGAGAGUUUUCACAUCAUUGUGUUUAAAAUGGUAAUAUCUUCUUGAAAUCAAGAAUGGUAUA